AAUGAAUGAACGAUUAAGUAGAGAGCAAAGAGAAGAAGGUGGAAAUGAUGAAACGGGAAAUAUUGAACGAGAAGAUGAAGAGGAGAUAGUCGUAGACUUGGAAAAACAAGACGAAAACUCAACUGAGGAAGACACUAACAAAAGAAAGCAAAGGCGUUAUAGAACAACUUUUACUAGCUUUCAAUUAGAAGAAUUAGAAAGAGCAUUUCAAAAGACACAUUAUCCAGAUGUUUUCAUGAGAGAAGAAUUGGCUAUGAGAAUCGAUUUAACGGAGGCCAGAGUUCAGGUAUGGUUCCAAAAUCGUCGCGCCAAGUGGAGAAAAAAGGAGAAGGUUGCUCCUCAGUCAGCAGUAUACGGGUCUCCUUGCGUUGCGUUCCCUCCCCUACCUCCAAUUCCUCUGGGCAGUCGUCCAUUUUUCCAGGAAGUUCCGAGAAUACCCUUAAUUCAUCCUUAUCCAAUCGGCAGUCUACAUCCGUCACUUAAUCCGUUUUCGAUUUUAAGACCAACUCCUCCUAGUUUUCAGCAAAUUCUCGCCUCAAUGUCGUCAGCUUUAAGAAGUCGAUUCGAGGAAAGUUCACCACCAACUUCCGAGGAAAGAGAAAAGAAAGAUGUAUUAGAUAUGAGAAUGCCAUCAAGCAUUUCGGCAUUGAGGAUGAAAGCGAGAGAAUUUGAGAUGAAAAUGAAUGUUUAA